AUGCAUCAGAUUACGGUUGGUAUUGGUCCUUGGCGCCCUGGAGGGCAUAAGAGGCAAAAGGGUUCUGACGAUGGAGAAAAGAUUGGACAAGUGGUCGACGUCGAGGCGAAGUCUUGUCCUUUAAGUGAGGUCCUGGAGCACGCUCGACUUCAUAUGCGACAGUACGAGAGACUACAAAACAUCGCCGUGGCAAAGGCCAAGCUGGAAGUCGAAUCAAAGAUGUCAGCACUUGAAGUUCGGGAUAGCCACGACACCGAGCAAAGAUCAAUAUCGUCGUCGAGCAAGAGGCGACGAAAGCAUCGACGACAAAUGACUGCCCAACGAGUAAGACAUCAUCCAAUAACCGGUGCUCCAACUCCUGUGCCUGCAGUGUAUGGGACAGUGUACAGAAGGGGCUACGAAGUUGAGAAUGGCAACGAGGCUGAGCUUCAACAACAGACACCCUACGGUGCAGGUCCGCAAGAAGGUAACUGGCGCGUCAACAUGAGGGACAAUAUCCAUCGAAUGCCAAAGCAGGAACGUCAUAAUCACGCCCGCUGGAUUAGAAGUUUGUCGUUGAAUCCCGGGGUCCUUUCUCCGCCAACAGCCAAUGACUGGAUUGUCGAAGGCCCAAGUCGGAUUCAUGGAGAAGAGGAUUUGAGACAGUCCUCGGAGCCAGACCCACGUCGCCAGCUUGUGACUUGGGAGAACUGGGCACUCUCAAGAAUGCUCCAGGAAUAUGUUGGCUUGAAUGAUAGCGAGAUCGGGUUUCUGUUGAGCAUGGAGCUCAAGGCGGCGAAGAAACGCUGGGGUUGA